UUCUCUAAGAUUCUAAUGGAAGAUGCAACAGUAACUGAUAAGGGAAAGAAGACUCAAGAUAAAAAAAAUCCUGUGUGUUUGCAUUUUGCAGAGGCAGCCUGUCGAGCUGUGAGUGUGUAUAUAAGGCGGCGACCGGGCGUUCCUCCUCACUCACACUCCUUCGCCGACUCCACCACCAUGAGGCUAAAGGUCACGCUGUCAGCGGUGCUUGUGGCCCUGAUGCUCGUAGCGGCGGCGAAGGCUGACCCAGGAUUCAAGGGCGGCGGCGGCGGCUAUGGCGGCGGCGGCGGCUAUGGCGGCGGCGGUGGUGGCUUUGGCAAAGGCAAAGGCAAAGGCAAGGGCGGUGGCGGCGGUGGCGGCGGCUACGGACACAGCUUCAUUGGCCACAGAACAGUAGUCAAAUACGAGCCCUACACGGUGACGAAGCCCGUGGUGGUGCAAAAGGAAGUGACGGAGCACCGGCCAGUGUACGUGAAGGAGCCCAUCAAGAUCCACACGGCGCCAGCCCCUUUCAUGAUCCAUAAGCCUGUGGUGCAUCACGUCAAGGAGUGGAAGCUGGUGGACGUGCCCAAGGUAACCUAUCAACCUGUCUGGGUGCACAAAAUCCCCAUCCCCGACGACGGCGGAAAGGGCAAGGGUAAGGGCGGCGGCUUAUUCGGCGGUCUCUUCGGCGGCGGAAAGGGCGGAAAGGGCGGAAAGGGUGGCAAGGGCGGCGGUGGAUACGGUGACUACGAUGGCGGCUAUGACGACUAUGAUUAUGAUGAUCAUGGCUACUGAACGUAAGGAUUCCUGUCUGGCAGUUUACAGAGAUGGUCAACUCUACGCUGCCUGUCUUCCUUGCCUCCCGCCCUCCCCGCCUUCACCCUCCACCUCUCUCCCUCCCACCAGAGUGGAGGCAGAGGUGCGUGGGCGGUGUACCUCACGCAGCCAUUCCACAGACCUUGUUAUCGUUAUCAUUUAGUGUUACCAUGACCAUUACUUCUUGUUUACCGCGCGCUGGUUAACAUUGUAUCCCUUGUAUAUAUGUUCAGCAGUUUACCUCAUCUUUUUUGUUUCUGUUUCUUGUUAUGUAUACAUAACCUGUUAAUAAAUAUUAAGGAUUUA